GCCAAGGCUUGGUCGAUUCAUCAAGACCAAACACGGCGGCACAAACAAGACGGGCGACGAGACGAAAGACCGAGUCUGCCCGAAUUCAGACCUCGGGCCCAGGCAUCAUCCCAUCUUCUUAAUUGUCAUCACCUCUACGCGCCUGGCCCCUUGGUGGUUGCCCUCCCUCGCACCACUGAUGCGACGGUUGUGACGCGUCUCUUUUCUUGACCACCCACCGCCAUCGAUCGACUGCCGAUUCAAGGCCCAUCUGCUCCACAAGACUGUCCUGCUAGCCUACCGCUUUUCUGCAGGAAAUCUGGGGUGGUGGCAAACGCUAGAAUAUCUGGCGGAAAGGCAAUCGAGGACCUACCCUGAACCAAGAUCCUUCGCUCUCGUUAACCAUCUGGGCAAAGGAAGAAGAGACACCGAGAUGCACAUCAACCUGGACCUGGGCCUUGUAGUGGAGCUGGCCGACGGGCCAAACGGGCCCAACAAGGAAACUGGACGGAGACGCUGGCUGGUGCACCCCGUCACCAGACUCUGGGCCAAACAAGCUUCUCCUUGUGGAUCCACUGCGGAAGGAGACUCGAGGUCGGACUCAGUCUCAACUUCAGCUGCCGAGCCGAAGAGCUGGUGGUCAACGAGGCUGGGGGCUGCCAAGUCGACAGUCUGAAGGAGAUUGGGAUGGGACUUGCCGGGCUCUCAGGCUCUUUAACAGUGUGACACACCACAGUCGGACAAUUACGCAGGCUCCACACCAGGGCGGCCGAGUGUGAUAGUACCCCGUGUUACAGACCCGCGGUCCUGGCCCUGUCAGUCACACCAGCUGGUGUUUCUGUGCUCGGGGGCUUCAAACACCAGCCUGGCCCGCCUCCACCCCGAAUCACCCGCAGAACCCUGGAAUCGUCCGUGGAAGGGGCUUAUUCAGUGGGGGGUUCCGUGCCCAGCCCGCCCAGCACUGCUAUCACCCCCCUGGCUCUGUUCUGUGUGUGGACUUUGGUGGUGGACUAGAGACUUGGUAGUCCCUGACUUGGCUGCCUCGCUUGCUGCUAAUGGUGGGACAAGUGCCAAGCGACAACACACACGCACACCCCGAACCCUGCCCUGCCAGACUUCCGCAGUGGGCAGGUCGUUCUGGGAUGUGCGCUGUCCGACUGCUGAUCGCUAGAAGGGAUCACCCACAUUCUGAAACAUGACGUUGGCGACCCUGCUGCUGAAACAACACGACCUGCCGCCUCCAUCCCGGUUCAGUGCAGCACCUGUGCUUCCAGUUGCAGCCAGAGUCACCCAAGACGCAUGAUGGUUUGCUCGCUCGCAAUUUUGUUGCAUGGCACCACCAUGUUUGCUGGCAACUCAGCGAUCACCGGUGCAGGAGGAACCCUCUCGAUCUGCUCAAAAUCGGUGAUGUGCCCUGCCUCCCUGUUCGUGUUGUAAAUCCCCCCAAGACUUCUUUUUCCUUGUCUUGUUUUGUUUUCCCUCACUCUACUUGAGUUUCUGGGCAGCCCGUCGCUCGUCCCAACUUUUUGAGCUGUUCUGUCCAAUCUUCUGACACAAACGGCUGCGUCGACCUGUGUCGUCCGGAUGAUCAUCGCCCCUCCUUCUCUUCUUGCCAGUGCCCAGGAGGUCUUUUCUGUCGUUCUUUGCAGUACCAUCCGAGGGCUGUGCCCGUUAUCUCCUCGCCUGCCGGUUUCGAAAUACUUCGAAUGACACCGGAUGCCUUUUCAUCUGCCUAUUCUUGGCUUUCGAAUCUGAAGUUGGGAUCAGUGGCUUGUCAACCGCGUGCGUGGGCGUUGCUGGGCAUUCUUCUCUCAAGACGCCUGACAUCUCGUUUUCUUCCAACUUUAUUCCGAACAUCGAAUUUAUCUUGGUGCCCGGCCCCGUGCGUACGCCUGCCGUACCUGACUCAAAGAAAGGGUUGCUUGAUGCCUGAGCUGCCGCCCCAGGGCUGUUGGUGAAGAAAUGGUCGCUCUCCGACUCGAUUCGUUCCUGGCACGGCGAAGCGGCGGACAAUGGGCAGCCGCUCGGGUACAUGCCAGACAAAAGGACGACGACGACAUUCUGGACGGCCGGCAGGCGCCUCCUUUUCGCAGGACCAUCGCAUUUGUGAAGAGGGACGAUGCCGACGACAAACUCGACACAGCUGCGGAUGAGGCCGAAGACGCGGCCGACACAGCGCGGGAUGAGUCUGAAGACGACGAUGACUCGUCGUCUUCGUCGUCGCCGACACCGUCGCCAUCGCCAUCGCCGCCGGCAGCUUUGACCACGAGUUCGAGCACGACAUCGACGACGUCGUCCGAGUCAGACACUGACACAGAUUCAAGUACAUCGAGUACUUCGACGUCGGCGUCGACGACACUGUCUAUCCCUCCGAUCUUGACAUCAACCCUGUCCACCUCGACAAGCAUCCCGCAGAUAACCCCACCGCCACAGACGAAUCUGCCAUUGUUGACAAGCAGCCUUGCGCUACCGACAACCACCACCAGCGGUGCUAUCUUCAUAGGGUCGCCCGGGAGCCAAGAGACUGGGAGGCAGCAGAAUGACCGUGACGGAGGGCCGCCAUCUGGUCUUAGCGCCUCUUGCAAAGCCGGCAUCGCCUUGGGUGUCCUUGCUGGUCUAGGCCUCAUCGUAGGUGUGCUCUGGGGGACAUUUCUCAUCCGCCGGCGCCGGCGCCGUCAUGGUCAAGAUGAGCUUGACCCUCGCGGCUACCCCUCUCGCAUUGGUCGAGGAAGUCGUUUCGACUUCAACCUUCCAUCGAUGCCGGCGUUACCGUCAUCGCUCGCAGCACCACUCGAGCGAUUCUACAAACCGAAACCCGAGGCGAUUCCGAAACGCCAAGUCUCGAAUCCGUUCAACGCAAGGCACGUCAGCGGCCACCGAGACGCUCGCUCUGAUUCGGACAUCCUGAACGAGGCUAUCCAAGCCGCGUACCAGAUGGAAGACGGGCGCAAUGACGCGGUUCCACAGGGCUUCCUAGAUGAGAAGCGGCGGGAUCCGAACCAUCUACUGCCAUUGCUCGACCCGGCGCCGGUCGAGCAGGCACACAUCCGAAAGAGCGUGGUCAGCUGGUUCAAGCGCUCCAGCAGGCACCAUCCGCUCAAGCUCAACCCGGCGAGUGGGAGUGGGAGCCUGCGCAGCUCCAUCGGCAGCAACCUGACUGGAGGCAGGAGGAGCCGGCCUGCAAGCCAGGCGACGCAAAGGACCGUCAGCUACCAUUCCAAUUCGGGGGACAGCGCGGCUGCGGAGAGCAGUGGAGCUAGGAGGAUGCAGGACGUUCCCCCGCUCCCAGACUUGGGACUACAGAAGGCGUAUACCAACAACACAGCGCCAGCCGCACAGUCGCCCACCGAGUCGACCGCUGAGUCGACUGCCGAGUCCGUAACGGCACCCCUGCCGGUCUUCACCAGAGACGACGCCCAGGCGUACUACAAGUCGAUGUUGGCGGGCUCAUCCGUGUCGGGCUCCACGGAGCGGAUGUCGGCCAUGAGCUCCUGGACGGACGUGACGCGCACGACCAUGGCGGGCGGGCGGUCGAGCGCCAUGCCCACGCCGGGCCUGUCGCCGCCGCCCAGCUUCCACAGCGGCUCAAACAGGACCAGCGCCAUGCCGCAGACGCCCAUCACGCCUGGGUAUACGACGACGGGGGGUGAGAACACGAGGACGGGGGAGGAUAUGUAUGCGCUGUAUGCGCAGACCAGGGGCAGUGUGGCUGGGAGCGCGGUUGGCCUGGGGCUUCAGCAGCAGCAGCAGCAGCAACAGCAAUCUCCAGGCAAGCCCGCGGGGAGCUGAGGGGCAAAAC